CGAAACCCCCGUAUAGCCCGUUAAAAAGCGUCGGUUUUUAAUCUGUCAUCGCUCGUCAUUUGUUACAUCCGGGACCCGCUGUUCCGACGCAUGCGCAGAACCCGUGUUUCCUCAACCUCAACUUUGCCACCAACUUCAGUCCUUAUUUUAGUUGUGAUCCACUAUCGGAUAUAGGAUCAACUUUAAAAAAUGUCGGUGCUAAACUUAAGUGAGGAUAUGGUGGAGUGCCCACUAUGUAUGGAGCCGUUGGAGAUGGACGACCUAAACUUCUUCCCGUGUACGUGCGGGUACCAAAUAUGUCGGUUCUGUUGGCAUCGGAUCCGGACAGACGAGAAUGGUCUUUGCCCCGCCUGUCGGAAGGCCUACCCUGAAAACCCUGCAGACUUCAAGCCCUUAUCGCAUGAAGAGCUGCAGCGAAUAAGGCAGGAGAAGCGUCAAAAGGAUGCGCAACGUAAGCAAAAGGUGACGGAGAACCGAAAACACCUCGCCAAUGUCCGUGUGGUGCAGAAGAACCUCGUGUUUGUGGUUGGUCUCUCUACGCGGCUAGCAGAUGCGGAGUGUUUAAAGCAUAUCAAGAUAUAUUUUACAUUAAAACAAAUUCUAAGUCCAAUUUUAUCUCUAAAUUUUCACACAAAUGUCAUUAUUUGAAAAUUAAAUCUUAAUUAACAGGGUCCAAGUGCAUCAGCGUACGUCACCUAUCAGCGUGCAGAGGAUGCACUUAGAGCUAUCCAAGCUGUAAAUAACAUCCACGUGGAUGGGCGGACGUUGAAGGCCUCCCUUGGUACCACCAAGUACUGCUCCCACUUCAUGAAGAACCAGCAGUGCCCUAAACCAGACUGCAUGUAUCUUCAUGAAUUAGGAGAUGAAUCGGCAAGCUUUACGAAGGAGGAGAUGCAGCAGGGUAAACAUCAAGAGUUUGAAAAGAAGCUUCAAGACCAUUACUUAGGGAUAUCUUCAUCUGAAAAAAAUAGCAGCAACCCAAUACCUACACCACAACCAGCCACCUCAGGAAAUACCACUUCAAGUUCUAGUAAGCGUUCAGCAUUGGGUGGGGGUAAGGAGAACACGGCCCCAAAAGAACAGCCGGCGGCGGCCCUCACCCCAGAUCCCGACUCAGGCGAGGCUUGGCCUUCUCUCCACGCAAUAGCCACCAAAGAAAGUAAAAAAUCCAAAGGCAGUAAAGGCGAUAGAAGUAAUGGCUCGACAAAACACACCGAUACAGAUGAGCAUAAUAAUAAUAACAAAAAAGGAAAUAAGGAAAGAGAAAGAGAAAGAUCUAAUAAUGCAAGAAGCAGCAAUGGCAGCAGUGCCAGCAGUAGCUGUAGCACUGUCAGCAACAGUAGCAGUAGCAGCAAUAGCAGCACAAGUGGCAGUAGUAGCAGCUCAAGUAACGGUCUGGGAGUGGAUAUGGUGAACCACAGUGUGAGUCCUGUGGUGACAUCGUCUCCAUCCUCGGCCCAUGAGAGCUGCACCUCAUCUGCCUCGACAACACCGCCCCCUUCAUUCGACACCCCCAUCAUCCCUCCCUCGCCUCCUCCCAGUUCCACGUCCCCCAUGCCGGUAUCCUGCGCGGGGGAGAUCCCUCAGGAGGAGUCCCCCCUACCCACACCGCCCUCGUCCCUCUCGUCAUCCUCAGAGCCUUCUUCAUCCCUCCCGUUAUCACAACAGUUCUCACGCUCGGCUGCCGCAGCUGCUUCACUCUUCUCGGACAACAGCAACAGUUUCUUUUCCUCUGGGCCUUCUCUUCCACUACAGCGAGCUACACCACCACUUCCACCAGCCUCAUCCCCACAACAACAGCAACAGCUCCACAACAGUCACACUAACAGUCAGCAACAACAGCAACAUCAACAACAACAGCAACAACAGCAACAACAACAACAGCAUCAGCUUCAACAACAGCAACAACAACAACAACAACAACAACAGCAACAACAACAACAGCAACAACAACAACAGCAGCAACAACAACAGCAGCAGCAACAACAGCAACAGCAGCAGCAUCAGCAUCAGCAGCAACAUACACUGCACAGUGCUGCCCCAGAUUGGGCCAGUAAAUCAGAAGUAUUCAAUAUGGACAGUGUAUUUUCCUCCCAGAAUCGCUCAAGUAACACUUGGAACUGUAUAUUUGAUUUUGAAAAGGGUGAAGAUAUUCCAGGGAUCAGUAAUUUAGUUGACGAUGAACUUGGUUUCGAUCCAUUUGAAGAAACUAACAAAGCACUAGCAGAAGAUAUAAAAAUAGAACAAAAGCAACAACAACUACAGCGGCACCAGCAGCAACUCCAACAGAACCAACACAACCAACACCAAAGUCAGCAUCAGCAUCCUCACCUUCAACGGCAACAGCAGCAGCAACAACAACAGCAACAACAAUUAAGACAAGGGUUAAAAUCAAUGCUGGACUACUCGACUCCCAGCGGACAGUCUCGUGCCAGAUUGCCACCUCCAGGUUUCAAUGGCCUCAACAGCUUCAACUCCUUCGGAAUGCCUAGACAGAGUCAGCCCGAGCCCAGUAAACUAUUACCACCAUUCCUCAGUGGUCUAACGGGCAAUCCUAGCUUAGGGACACAAGGACUGGGGUCCCAGCCCGGGGUGCCGCCUAUGAAUGGCAUGGUGAACUCCAAUGGCCUGGGCAUACCUCCGGGCCUGGGUGGAAACAUCCUUGGCGGGGGUAACAUGAGUGGGCUCGGGAAUGGGGGUCUCUUGGGAGGCCUUGGAAAUGGGCUACCUCCACACCUCCUACCGCCUGCGUCCCUUCUAGGUAUGGACACACCUCUCAGUGCCUCACAAGGUCCUCCAGGUAUAGGAAUGCCCAAAGGAGAUGCAUUCCUCCUUAAAGAUCUUGAGAAUGGUCUUCGCAAUAUAUUCCCAGCCAUAAGUUCCGUUAGCACUAUGAACACACUCAAUACUGUCAACACACUCAACUCUCUCUCUGGAGCAGCCAACAACCCGACCUCACAAAAUAAUCCUCUUACAAGCUUCUUAAACAUGGCUCACCACCACCAACAGCAGCAACAGCAGCACCAACACCAGCAGCACCAACACCAGCAGCAGCAACAGCAUCUUUCUCAGCAUUCUCUUCUGCAUCAGCUGACAAUGAGCUCUCUGGCAAAUUCCCACAAAGCAUGGAGCAACAGUGGUGCUCCUGACCUCACAGUACUUGACCCGGCUAUUGUAUCAUCAGGACAGCUGACAGAUUCCCGAUCAGAUUCUCCUCCACACUGGAUGAAGACCAUGGAACAACUCACAGAAGGAGGCCCCCAUCCCCUCUGGAACAACUUGCUGCCCUGCAACCUGACGUCCGGUGGUCUGCCAUCCGGGUUGGGUCCUCACACAGGCCCAGCGGGUACCGCGGCUCCCACACAGCGCUCCGUAGCACCCAUGUGGCCCCCAACCUCCCCACCACCAGGUUUCAACAAUAUCUCUCCUCUACACCACCCCAAGCAGCAUGAACCACACAAAAUUGACAGUAAGCAACAUUUCCUGCAGCAUUGUUGACUUUCAGAAUGUUUUGUACAAUAUUCCCGGAGUUUUUCUGCUCAGAUGAUGAGGGGGAUAUGAUUAUUGCAACUUAUUUAGCCAAAUAAAAAUUUUAAAAAACUAAAAAAAAAAGAGAAAAAAACAUUGUUAGCCUUGCAAGGAAAAUGGAGAGUGAUUAGGCAACAGAACUAGUCAUUCACUCUUGGGAGAAAGAGCACUUCUGACACUUGUGGAGUAAAUAUCAAAAGUGUAACCUCCUACAUGGCUUAUGCUGUUAUUGAUGUCAAAAUAAUAUGAGAUUAGGCAUGUUUUACUUUUUCGGGUGUUGCUUAUGAUAAGUAUAUGACUGAAAUUAUAAAGAAAAAAAAACAAAAAAAGAG